AUGAUAAUCAGCCAUUUGACGGAGUAUAACAACGAAGAGCCUAAGAGAAAAGAAAUAUCAGAGGAAGAGAAUGUUAUUUCACUAUCAAAAAGAGAUUUAGUUAUCCUUUACGAGAAUGCAGAUAACACAAAGCAGACAGACUUGAAAAAUAGACCAGACCGCAGGACACCAAACCAGCAUGUUGAAACCGUUAUUUACAAUGGAGAUCUGGAAUCCGAAGACAGUGAUAUCGGUGAAAUUUACUGUAACCAAGAUUUGUAUGAUGUGGUAUUGAUCAACAAAGAGCGAUUAGACAUCUUAAAUAGUGUGCCAUCUUUGGAUAAAACGCUAUGUCAAAAAUUUGGUGAUUACAACAUUGACACCGAUCUUUCUGUAGAUUACAAUGAAGAAUUCUUAUAUAAAAACAAUUUUGUACAAGAACAACUCAAUUCAUUACGCAACGUUUCAAAUCUUGAUACAUUUGGCGCCACAUUUUUGUCGACUUCUCUAUUAGAUUACAUUUUUAGCAACCGCUUUGACGAUAAUAGCAACUUUUAUAUGGAUAAUGUUAUUCAGUUUGUCAAUCGUACAAUAGAUCAGCUAAAACGUAUAAGUAAUGGGGAUUACUUAACUGACAAAGCCAGAGAAAAAUGGAAAAGGCUGGAGAGUGAACGCAAGAGCGAUCAAGUAAAUAAAAAUGCAAAGGUUGUAAUGAAGACGAAGAGCAAUCCGUUACACGUGGAAGGCAAUAUAACUAGUUUGAAAAAUACUUGGCGCGAUAUUGUAUAUUCAGAAUUAGAUAUCAGAGCUUUAUCUAAAAUUUUAAGGAACAAAAUCGUUGUUGAAAUUCCGCGGUUAAUUCAUGGCUCGUACAAAUUGUUCAGCAAAUAUAGUGAUGGUAAUUUGAUUAUUUGUUGCAAGAAAACAUUCCAGAAACCGAAAUCCAAAGUGGAUAAGAAGUCGUGGCACGACAUCGUGGUGCAACUUAAGCUUCCUAAUUCGCAUAAUGUAAGAACUGAUAUUGAUUCUGUCACGAUUUUGCAAAAAGUGUUACCAAGGAACGAAACGUGGUAUCCCCUAAAAUACAAUUAUUUAGAGUCAACUAAAAGCAUUGAUAAUACGUUGCAAAACAAAGUAACCACUAUUGAGUUAAAUGAACACGAAGUAGAACAAAGCAUAUGUAGCUUAGAAAAUGAUAUAAGUUCUCCUAUGCCCAAACUACAUAUUGAACACCAAUAUGAAGAAACAACAAAAACUGAAAAUUCUGUUUUAUGUACUAGCAAAAUAUCUUCGCAAGUUACUGAUCAAAUAUCAAACUGCUGCAAUAAUAUAAUAAAACAUACCGACAAUGAAGAAAAAGAGAGCGAUACUCAGUCACCGAUAUCAGAUAUGAUUUCUUCUUCAGUCGAUGAUUUAUUUUGUUCAAUACAAAAAUUUAAUACUCAUACAACCCUAUUAGAAGAAAAUGAAGAUUUUCCUUCCAUCAGAAAGAAAUCACCUACUAAAGUCAGAAUAAAAUCACCGUAUGAAAAUAAAUCUUUUUUUAUUGAGGAAAGGAAAAGGAAAAAGCUUUUGGAAAUAAGAGAAAGACGCGAAAGAAGAAAAAAAGCACAUAGUGAAAACUGUAAAGGCAAAAAAUACAAGUAUGGUAAGGGCGCAGUAAUGGCGCAACCUUCAAAUUCAGUUACUAAAUUAUCGAUAACUAAUAAAUCUUUCUAUAAUUCAAUUUAUGGUGAAAGUGCCAAUAUUAAUAAAAAAUAUAUAAAAAAUCAUUCUCAAAAGGGAUCUUCCGAAAUUUUAUCAGAAUCUAGUGUAGAAAAACCGAUAAUGAAAUUUGCUACUUUAAAAGUAGAUGAAGAUUUUUUAAAUGGUGGCGAAAAAGACAAUAUAAUCAAAGACUACUAUAUAUCACCCACCUGUGCAAAAAAUAAUGACUUUUCUAUGGACUUUAACUCAUUUACUUUCCAUGAUGUUCCAUGUGCUACUAAUUUAAGGCCCACAAAUAUUUUAAUAAGCAAAGAAAAGCAUAACGAAAGCCCCAUGUCCGUAAGAAUGCAUAAUACUGCUCCUGCAAGUAUCAUAAAUUCGAAUGACAGCGAUAAGAGUUUUACAAAGAAAUCUCUAAUAUCUUUGGAAUGUAAGAAAAGUAUCGAUAAAAUAUACGAACUAAUGAAGAAGUUGAGCAAAGUCGACUCAUCUGAUUCCUCAAGCUCCAAAUGUGAUUUUUCAUUAACUAAUGAAAGUAACAUGCAUCCUCUUAAAGGCAAAAGCUUAACGUUACAAAUCAGUGACAGCGGCACUAGUCUAAAACAUCAGCUAACGUCGUCUAACCCCAGUAUUUAUAGUUUUAAAGAAACAAAUAAUACUGCUGAAUUUCCAAAAAUAAAAAACGUAACGAUAAAUACCACCAGAGCUGAAGCAAAUGUUAUCCCGAAAGUUGUAAUUAGUUCCAAAUCACACAUAAGGAAAUUAGAUAAGAAUGAAAUCAAAUCCGUCAAAAAAGUAACGAUUAAUAUUCCCGAAAACAGUCCCAAAAAUCCGUUAAAGGCAAUUUCUCAUUUAAUAAAUGAGUUCGAUCAUAUUCAAAAAAAUAAUCAAGGAACAAUUACAGAAGCAAUAGAAAAUAAGAAAUCAAUGAACGGUGCCAUUGAUAGUAAAAGUUUAACACGCCAUAAAAAAGUAUCACAUUAUGAAAAUCAGACCAAGGUUGAUUCUAAUAAAAUUGUCAUACCCAAUGAUAGAAAAACUCAAUCGAAAUUGUUAGUAAAUCGAGGUAAGAUAAUUAAUCAACAAAUUUCAAUCGAUGAUAGAAAUGUUGAGAAGCGAAACAAAAUCACUGAUAUUGUAGAUGAAGCCUUGAGAGAAGCCAGAGGUGAAGCAGUAAGAGGUCCUUCUAAACCGUAUACAAGAUUGGAUAGUCUAUCUCAACCAAAAAGGCUUAAUAUCAACACUCAAAAUGGAGGCAUAAUAUUUAGGCAUGGAAAAAAUACUAUUCCUGACAAAUUAUCGCAUUUAAAGUUUGCGGCACCACAAAUUCCAGAAAAGCCUACAGUUUCAACUUCUACCUAUAACAAAUUUAGACCGAAAAGAAACGAACAGGAAAAUGUCACCACAUUAAACUCUAAAUCACCCCGUAAUUUAACAACUACAGAAAAACCAACGAGACAGAAACGUACAAUCAACAACUUCCCUAUUGACAAUAAAAUACCGCCUAUAAAUACAACGUCCUAUAAACAAAGAAAUGUUCCUGAAAAUUCACGACAGUUUAAGAAGGCGAUACCCACUGAGUCGUUGAAUUUAAAAAAGCAUAAUCGACAACUUUCACUAACGCAAACAGCUGCUUCAAGCAAUUUACUCCAAAAACCAUAUAAGUCACAGACCACCCCUGCUCCAAACUUUUCACAACAAAGCAGAGAAGCAACAUGCAUAGGUUUUCAUUAA